CCCGGUCUUCCCGCCCGCCCCGUCCGGGCAGCGCUACACCGAGCCGCGCUGCGUCCCCGCACAGUGGCCAUGGAGUACACGCCGCCCCCCAAGCCGCAGCUCUCCUCCCGGGCCAACGCCUUCUCCAUCGCCGCCCUCAUGUCGAGCGGCAGCUCCAAGGACAAGGAGUCUCCCGAGAGCACCAUCAAGCCUCUGGAACAAUUCGUCGAGAAAUCCUCCUGCGCUCAGCCUUUGAGUGAUUUAUCCAGCCUGGACCCUCACGGGGAUUUUAGCAGCAGCCCUUCUUCCCUGUGCACCGAGCCCCUCAUCCCCACCACUCCCAUCAUCCCCAGCGAGGAGAUGGCCAAAAUCUCCUGCAGUCUGGAGACCAAAGAGCUCUGGGACAAGUUUCAUGAACUGGGUACCGAGAUGAUCAUCACCAAAUCCGGGAGGAGAAUGUUUCCUACGAUCAGGGUUUCCUUCUCUGGAGUGGAUUCUGAGGCCAAGUAUAUUGUGUUAAUGGAUAUAGUUCCUGUGGACAAUAAAAGAUAUAGAUAUGCCUACCACAGGUCUUCCUGGUUAGUGGCUGGAAAAGCUGACCCUCCUCUCCCUGCAAGGUUGUAUGUGCACCCUGACUCCCCGUUCACAGGAGAGCAACUUCUGAAGCAGAUGGUGUCCUUCGAAAAAGUCAAACUCACCAACAACGAGUUGGAUCAGCAUGGCCAUAUCAUUUUGAACUCUAUGCACAAGUACCAGCCAAGGGUCCACAUCAUUAAGAAGAAGGAUCACACAGCUUCUUUGCUAAAUCUGAAAUCAGAAGAGUUCCGAACAUUCAUCUUUCCAGAGACAGUUUUUACUGCUGUUACUGCCUACCAGAAUCAAUUGAUAACCAAGUUGAAAAUUGACAGCAACCCUUUUGCUAAAGGAUUCCGUGACUCUUCCAGACUCACUGAUAUCGAGAGAGAAAGUGUGGAGAGCCUUAUCCAAAAGCAUUCCUAUGCCCGAUCCCCCAUUCGGACCUAUGGAGGAGAAGAUGAUCUCGGAGAUGACAGCCAGGCAACACAAAGCAGAGGGUCAGCCUUUACAACAUCUGAUAACCUGUCCCUCAGUUCUUGGGUUUCCUCUUCAACUAGUUUCCCAGGAUUUCAGCAUCCACAGUCUUUAAGUGCCCUGGGUACCAGCACUGCAUCCAUAGCUACACCCAUUCCUCAUCCGAUCCAAGGAUCUCUGCCUCCAUACAGCCGCCUGGGAAUGCCUCUUACACCCUCUGCUAUAGCCAGCUCCAUGCAAGGUAGUGGCCCCACUUUCCCAUCCUUCCACAUGCCAAGGUACCACCAUUAUUUCCAGCAGGGUCCUUAUGCAGCUAUCCAAGGACUGCGUCACUCUUCCGCAGUGAUGACACCAUUUGUAUGAGUGACAGAUGACAAGAGGAACACAAGAUUUUAAUUGUGCAAGUUUGCUAUUAAAAAAACAAGGGACCUUCCUGAAAGGUCUGUGGCAGGACUGCUGAACUUAUAACAAACCAGCUAAGAAAAUGCAUUGUGGAUAUAGACUCCUCUUUCGAGGGAUCACAAGAAGAGAGCACGUGGCUUGGAGCUGCUCACAGAUCUAUGUGUAACACAGCCAAAAUGGAUCCUGAAGUCCCCAGAAUCUUUGGUUGCGUGCAGCUUGUUCUAAAGGUGCAUUACGCCUAGUGGAAAGAGAUUAUCUUUAAGCAGCAGUGUAAAAACUAAUUACCUAUAGGUCUUUUUCCAUAUGCUAGAUAAAUUCUAAAAAAGGCAAUACUCUCACUCAUCUUCAUCUCUUCUUGUGACUGCUGAGCAUCUAAACAGAAAAAUGUAUUGCUACAACUUUGAGCAUGUUUUAGGCUAUAUCAGCAUACAUUUGCUGAAAACAGGACAAAGUGGAGAAAACCACUAUCCUUUUUAAGAUGGGCAUAUAUUCACCAAAAUCAUUAUUUCUUAGUUGCUACUAUAAUCACAAAGAGAACAUUAUUAACAAGUCUUU